GUCCUCUGCUGGAGCUCCAGCUUUACGCACAACGCGCCGCUCAGCAGAGUCACUGCCGUGGAAGUGGCGGAGGCGGACAUUGUUGUGGUAACAGGCAGCUCCAGAGGAUGAGCGCGGAUGAUGCACUUACCCUGAGCGGAUAACGGGUGAGAUUGAAUUGUGAUUUAUUCGGUUUCCAAUCUGAAGAAUGAAUCGUUUUUGAGCAAAAGCCGACAAAGCGCCGCUGCACCGCGCGGACUCUCCCCGCAGCCGAACCGGAGUUCAUUCAGCCGAGGCGAGCCGGAGCUCAGCCUGAUGAGACGAUGCCAGCGACGUAAAAAUCACAACAUCUGCAGGGUGUGCAUCCGAGGCUGCUGGAUUAAGCCUCGGUGGAUCGACUGGGCCUCGGUGGUACGGAGAAGCCCACCGGGGGCGGCUGCUGCCUUCAGAAUACUGCUAGUUGAGGAGGAAUAAGGAGUGCUGUGGUCCCGGAGGCCUUUGGAGAACGCAGGCUGCUGUGGAGAGGAUGACAGAUUGACAUUAAUGGGGGUUUGCAGUGCGUUUUCCGACACGACCUCAUUAAGGCAACAUCCACGGAGAACAGAUAGUGGUUUCAAACCAGGACUGAUGUCACGGCGCCUCGAAGAAAACAACAUCUAAAUAGAUAUCACAUGUUUCUGCCUUGAUUUUAUCUGCGGUGCUGUAGCGGCUGCAUACAUGACAUCUGGAGCACGGCGGAUGCAGAUGAGGAUGAGUGUUGAGCAUUAAAGCAGAGCAACAUCUCAGCGCUUUUCAUCAAUUCUCAGGUACCCAGAGGUGUUUUUACAUAGAAGACGAAAAUGGGUAGCGAAGGUGAGAUCAUAAACAGAGAACUGUCGAAGAUGUCCGACGAGGAUUUGCUGGCGUGCUCCAAAGAGGAGCUGGUGAGCCGGCUGCGUAAAGAGGAGACCGAGAAAAUCUCAGCUCUGAUCCAGCGCGGACGGCUGAUCAAGGAGGUAAAUAAACAGCUGCAGGGACACCUCCUGGAAAUCAGGGAACUGAAAGUCAUCAAUCAGCGCCUGCAGGAGGAAAACGUGGAGCUGCGGGACCUGUGCUGCUUCCUGGACGACGACCGGCUCAAAGUGAAGAAGCUGGCCCGGGAAUGGCAGCUGUUCGGCCACCACGCAGCCAAAGUGAUGCGGGAGGACCUGGGCGGCUACUUGAAAAAGCUCGCCGACCUGGAGCGCAUGCAGGACGGGCUGGUGAAGGAGAACCUGGACCUGAAGGAGCUGUGCCUGGUCCUAGAGGAGGAGUGCGUCAGCAGGAGCGACUCCAGCCCCGGAGGCUCCACCGAGCUCAACCUGCCCUGCAUGGUGGCCCGGGACCUGGGGGACGGCAGCUCCAGCACAGGCAGCGUGGGCAGCCCGGACCAGCUCCACCUGGUGUGCUCACCUGACGACUGAUGGCAGCUUUCUGUCAGCAGUCUGGAGCUUCUCCGCUUUCCAGAGGAGACUAGGGCUAAUGCAAUGGACAGAUUGGAGACACGGGCUCUGCUGGACACUAAAAUCAUUUGGAGGGGGAAUAAAAGCAUUAGGGCCUUCUGAAUGCUGCAAAGACGUGUAUGUGCCACUAGAUUUAGACUUGAUUCUCCCACACUUCACCUUUCAGGACUUUACAAAGACAUUUAAUAGAUGUUUGCCAGAUGAUAAUGUAUCUAAAUUUUACAGUGUUUUUUCUAUUCUGCAAAUUCUCCUUUUUCAGUGGUCUGGUAUUGAAAGAAAAAAAAAUAAUGGGACCAAAAAAAGUGGGUCACAUAUAUAAAUUUAACUCAUGCACUGGACUAGCCUACACUGGUAGAAGCCUUUUUUGUAUUGCACUGGACAGCAUUAUCUUGGAUCUUUAAAUCGCAGAUCUAAAGAUCCAUUUCAAUCCAGUUUUGAGCCAUAUUUAGUCCACUGAAUUCUAAUAGCACUGAAAUAGAAGAGUUGUGAUUUUAAAAACAAGACACUAUUUGAUAUUUGCUUUGCUAGAUGCCCAAUAAUGUGUAAUAUUUUAUGCACUCUCUUCCUCAGGACAGGAUUGGAGUGCCAUAUGUGCAUGAUGAUUGUCACAAUUUGUACAGGCCCAUGAGUGAAGCAGUGUGAAGUGAAGGCCCUUCAGGUUCACUGUGGGUGGGGCUGCUGUGCAUCAUGUAACAUGUGCUGGAGUCUGGGCAGAGCCGGCACACACUUGCUAAGGUUUUUUGGAUCAGACGUGAUAGAUGUGGUUUGGACCUCACUCAGAAGUUCUGUCACUUUUUUAAAAAAUCCUAAAACUGGAAACUCUUUGUAUCAAACUGGAAGGUCUACGAGUUUUAAUGAUUUUUAUUCUAUUCUAUUCAAGCCGAGCUGUUUAAAUUCACUUGUUUGACAUUUUUUAUGACGUUGUUGUUGAUGUUCAACUCGCAUAUCACGGAGUUUGUUUGAGUUGGCGCUUGUCAGCUUUCUCUUCUGUAACUCUUGCUUUGUAUUUAAUCUGCAACAUUAGGACUAAUCUUGACUUUGACCCUUCUUUAUCUUGAUUUGUCUGUAUUAACUAGCAUUACUAACCAUUUUCAGUUUAAAGCAUAGAUGAUGCACAUGGAUUAGAAAAGGUUUACUUUGUCGUUAGCUGUUUAUUGGUGGGCUAUGCUCGUAGUGCACUGAAGAGCUUUAAAUACAGUGGGUAUGACACUU